UAGUAAUGGAGAUCUUACUCCCUUGUCUUGUUGUGAGAUGUUAGAAGUAUACUUUCAAAGAGAAUUGUGCAGUCCUGGGGUAUAAAUAGGGUGGGUUUUCCGUUGAAUACUGCUUCCAAGAUGCCCAAUUUCCACACAAUAUCCCAAUGCCGUCAAAGUGAGUUCUUCUCCACCCUCAUCAUCGCACUCAGCGUUGCUGCUGCAUCAGCUGCCGCCGUCGAAGAACGUGCUACUGCUCGUUGCACCAUUAAAACCUUCAAAGCAGCAUGUACUGGCAGCUCAUCCUGCUUGGAAGAAUCUCAUCUCAUCUCACCUCAUGAUCCCUCCAUCAGCCCACUAAUAGAAAUCCCCAGCUACUCGUUCGGCGCCUUCAUAGGCACAGACACCACCGGCAGUGGCAGUUCCUGUUCCAUCACCGUCCCGACCAGCAAUGGCAAGCUUCCUGACGUCGCUAAGUAUACUGGCACAUAUUGUGGUACGAAGUUUUGGUUUACCCAUACUUCUACUGAUCUUGAAUUUUGAAAUUUCAUUCGGGUCACGUAUUCUAGUUAUCUCGGAUACUUCUGAUUCCAUCCAGCGAUUUGAGUACCGGUGAUGGCGUUGAACGUAAUACCAGUUCUACUUCCUUCAUUUUAUCUUAGUCUAAUAGGCGGUAAAAUGAACUCCGUAUGGAAUUGAAUAUGUUGGACGGCUUUAGGAUAGAUGUUGCUAGAGGUUAUUAAGCGAGGACUUACCUGUUAAGGAAGUUGUAGUUCCUGAUGCAGAAUCAUACCUAUGUAUAUACUAAAGUUGUAGAUUAAUAAACAAAAGAUCGUAAAGAAA